AUGACAGAGGAAAAUAACAUGAUGGUGUCUGAGUGUAUCAUUGACAGCACCAAAUGCAUUAAAAGGGAGGAACGAGACUGUGGUGAAUCUGAUGAGUGGACUACGGUCAUAUUUGUCAGUGCAGAGACCCUGAAAGGACAUGAUUCUGGUACCAAGACAGAAGACACCACACCAAAGAGUAGACCUGGAGAAAGUAACUACGGCUCUCAGGUCUCGAUGGGGAGAUGUUCCAGAGUUGCUGCAGCGUGUCUGGGCCUGCUGUGCCUUCUCCUACUGGCUGGGAUCAUGGUGCUGUUUGUCUACUAUAAUGGAGUCACUGUCCGUUUGGAGGAGAGGUUGUUAGUUUAUAGAACCAGCAAGAACAACCUGACUGAACAGAGAGACGAGCUACAGGUCCAAAACAAAAACCUGGAUGAAGAAAAGGCAGAUCUAAAGAGAAGAUACAAUAUGCUGAAUCAAACCUGCCUUGAAGCAUGGAAGAAGUUUCGUUCCAGUUUGUACUACAUCUCUGACGAGACUGAAUCCUGGGAUGAGAGCAGACAGGACUGUGUGAGCGGACCAAGUAAUUGGGCGUCACUCUAAAGCGGGAAGGUGGAAUAAACGAGUCAGGAGUAGGUUUUCUUGAUUGAACACAGUUCUCUAUUGAGGGCAUUUGGUCAACACAAACAGUCCAACAUAAUCAAUGAAAAUCUUCCAAGGAAAAACAUACAUCUUCUUCUCCGGAUGAAACCGGGACACAAUAGGCUUAUCUUUAAACUACAACAAAAAGUCACGGGAUUGUCACCGUCUUAGUGGUUCUUCCUGGAUAGCUCCUCUCUCUCGGUGGCCAUCUUCCAGAGAUAGUUUUUCCCCCUUCUCUGCUGGUUCCAUUCUCUCUCUUAUAGGGGAAGG